GGUCUGUGCUGCUCGUACACUUCACACAGGAUGUAGCGGCUGCUCGGUCACACCAGAGGAAGAAGAGAAACAGAAGAAGAGAAGAACAAGAACAACAAGAAGAACAAGAAGAGGGUUAGAAAUACUGCGAGGUAGCAGACAGCGAGAUGAGCGCUGCAGCAGAGGAGGAGAAGAAGAAGACGACAGCAGGAGUCCGGAUGAGGCAGCUCAUCGCCGGCAGGUCCUGACGGCUGCUCCCGCUGACCUGAGACACCCAGCUCACGCACACACGCACAAACACACACACACACACACACACGGAAAACCCAGCCCAGCCGAAACAUCCCCAACCUCGAGAGCGACAAUGGCGAGCCUGGGCGACUGCUCUGUGAAGGUGGCGCUGAGGAUUCGUCCUCAGAUGGCCAAGGAGAAGAUCGAGGGCUGCCACGUGUGCACAAUGGUCACACCUGGAGAACCGCAAGUCCUGCUGGGAAAGGACAAGGCCUUCACCUAUGACUUUGUGUUUGACAUCGACUCGGAGCAGCACCAGAUCUACCAGGACUGUGUGCACAGGCUCAUCGAGGGCUGCUUUGAGGGCUACAACGCCACCGUGUUUGCCUAUGGUCAGACGGGCUCGGGGAAGACGUACACCAUGGGGACGGGCUUCGACGUGAACCUGGGUCCGGAGGACAAGGGCAUCAUCUCGCGUGCUGUUCACCAGCUGUUUGAGGGGAUCCAGAACAGGAGGCUGCGCUCCCAGGAGGCCGGCACCCAGCCGCCCGAGUUUAAAGUCAGCGCCCAGUUCCUGGAGUUGUACAAUGAAGAGAUCCUGGACUUAUUUGACGCAACCAGAGAUGCAGAAAGUCGAAACAGGAAGUCCAACAUUAAGAUCCAUGAGGACAGCAGCGGCAGCAUCUACACCACGGGAGUCACAUCCAGACUGGUUCACUCAGAGGAGGAGCUGCUGCAGUGUCUGAAGCUGGGCGCCCUGUCCCGCACCACAGCCAGCACCCAGAUGAACGCCACAAGCUCCCGCUCCCACGCCAUCUUCACCAUCCACCUCUGUCAGAUGAGGGUCUGCAAGGAGCCUCAAAUGAAUGGAGAAGCGGAGAACGGGGAGGUUAACGGCGUGGACUCCAGCCCCAUCGCUCAGCCGGAGUUCGAGACACUGAUGGCCAAGUUUCACUUCGUGGACCUGGCUGGUUCUGAGAGGCUCAAACGUACGGGAGCCACAGGAGAGAGAGCUCGCGAGGGAAUCUCUAUUAACUGUGGACUGCUGGCCCUUGGAAAUGUCAUCAGUGCUUUGGGAGAUCAGACCAAGAAGGGAGGUCACGUCCCCUACAGGGACUCCAAACUCAGCCGCCUGCUGCAGGAUUCAUUGGGAGGCAACAGUCGUACAGUGAUGAUAGCGUGCGUCAGUCCGUCGGACCGGGACUUCAUGGAGACGCUGAACACACUGAAGUACGCCAACCGUGCCCGAAACAUCAAGAACAAGGUGGUGGUGAACCAAGACAAGACCAGCCAGCAGAUCAACGCCCUGCGUGCUGAGAUCGCCAGACUGCAGCUGGAGCUGAUGGAGUACAAGGCGGGGAAGCGUGUGGCGUGCGAGGAGGGUUCAGAGGGGUUCAGCGACCUGUAUCAGGAGAACGCCAUGCUGCAGAGAGAAAAUGACACACUGCGCCUCAGGGUGAAAGCCAUGCAGGAGACCAUAGACCACCUCAAUACCCGAGUGACACACCUGCUGACCAACGAGGUCAGCGCCAUGCUGAACAAGUCAGGUGACGGCAAUGAGGAGAUCGGGGCUUUAAUCCAGAAGUACAUUCGAGAAGUUGAGGAACUGAGAACCAAGCUUCUCGAGAGCGAGGCCAUGAAUGAGUCGUUGCGACGGCAGGCGACCCGGCUCUCCUCCCGCUCCACGUUCCCUGCCUCCACUCUCAGCCCCGCCCCGGGCCACCCCCCCGGCUCCUCCCCCGCCUCCAUGUCCAUGGAGGCCGAGUUGUCGGACGUGUUGCGCCGAGCCAAGGUGGACAUCGAGAGGCUGAAGAAGAAGGAGCGAAGGCAGAGGAGGACGAGUCCGGAGCUGGAGAAGGGUCUGAAGAAACGAGUGAAGCUCCACGCUCAUGAGAACGGUGAGAACGGCCUCAAUGGACAGAAUGGAGAGAUCGAUUCAGACGACAAUUACAUUGAGGACAUCAUGUCUCCGCUGCAGGAGGAGAGCGGCUGUGAUGAAGAUGAGGGGGAGGAGGAGGAGGAAGGCAGGGAGGAGGAGGACGAGUUUGACAGCGACGAGAGCCUGGUGGAUUCAGACUCGGACUCGGAUGAGAAAGCUAACUUCCAGGCGGACCUGGCCGACCUGACCUGUGAGAUCGAGAUCAAGCAGAAGCUGAUAGACGAGCUGGAGAACAGCCAGCGGAGGCUGCUGAUGCUCAAGCUGCAGUACGAGGAGAAGCUGAUCCUCCUGCAGAACAAGAUCCGAGACACUCAGCUGGAGAGAGACCGUGUGCUGCAGAACCUCAUGUCCAUGGAGAACUACACAGAGGAGAAGGCGAGCCGGAUCAAGCAGGAGUACGAGAAGCGUCUUAAGGAGAUGAACCGUGACCUGAUGAAGCUGCAAGUGGCUCAGAAGGAGCAUGCGCGUCUCGUCAAGAACCAGGGGAGGUAUGAACGGGAGCUGAAGAAACUCCAAGUUGAGGUCAACGACAUGAAGAAAGCCAAGGUGACUCUGAUGAAGCAGAUGAAGGAGGAGCAGCAGAGGAGGAGGAUGAUGGAGGCGAAGAGGAACCGUGAGAUCGCCCAACUCAAGAAGGAGCAGCGCCGCCAGGAGUACCAGAUCCGGGCGCUGGAGUCUCAGAAGCGGCAGCAGGAGAUGGUGCUGCGCAGGAAGACGCAGGAGGUGACGGCCCUGCGGCGCCUGGCCAAGCCCAUGUCCGACCGCGUGGCCGGACGCGUGGCCCGCUGGAACCAGGCCUCUCUGGGUACAGACUCUGGAGCUGAGCUCUCAGCCAGCACCACGGCGAGCAGCUCCGAACCUGACACGGGGAGGUCGGUGAGCGGCCUGGUGAGACAGUGGAACAACAAGAACAAUGUGAUGGGAUACCUGGGAGAGAGCGAGGGAAGCAUGGAUGGAACCAGGGUCAUUGGCAGCAGGAAGAAGUUGCAGAGGAAGCCGGCCCUCCAGGCCAUUAAUGGAACAGCAGGCAGAACCAGCAGCUUCUCCAAGUCAGCCCGUCAGAAGUGGCAAACCCUGGAACGGCGCAUCAUGGACAUCGUCAUGCAGAGGAUGACCAUCUCUAACAUGGAGUCUGAUAUGGAUCGCCUGAUCAAGAAGCGAGAGGAGCUGACGGCCCAGCAGGAAGCACUGUCACAUAAAAGGGAGGUGCUAAUGGCAGAUGGGGAGGGGCCAGAAGCAGAGGACCGCCUCCUACUGGAAAUUAAUGAGGACAUCGAGGUGCUGAACGCCAACAUAGACUACGUCAAUGACAGCCUGUUUGACUGCCAGGCCACCAUUGUACAGAUAGAGGAGACCAAGGAUGAGCUGGACUCGGUAGACACCUCUGUGGUGAUCAGCUCUUGCUCCUUGGCUGAGGCACGCCACCUGCUGGACCACUUCCUGAAGGCCUCAAUUGACAAGAGUUUACAAGUGGCUCAGAAGGAGUCUCAGAUCAGACUGCUCGAGGGCCAACUGAGACAGACGGACGUGAUUGGCUCAUCCCACAAUCACAUGAUCCUUGAUGCUCUGCGAGAAAAGGCCGAGUACAUUCCUGAACUCCAGGCUCUCAUCCACAAUGCACAGCAGGAAAACGGUUAUACCAGCACAGACGAGGAGCCCUCUGAGGUCAGCCAAGCCUCUGACAGCAGUGUUUCUCAAAUAAAAGAAUCCAACAGCCAAGAGGAUUUCAAGACAAAGAUGGAGCCCCGUCUGUCGGCUCAGAUGAAAGCGGUGUCUGCAGAGCAUUUGGGUCCCACACUGGAUCCCUCAUCAAGCAGCAAGCAGCACAUCACCAAAUCCCUGGCCUCGCUCACCGACAUCCAGGAGGACGGCCUGAGUCUGGUGAAAGGGGGCCUGGGACUCAGCCUGUCUGUGCGAGACCCUUACCACAGGGAGAGGGCAUCGCGCACCAUCAGUCUGCCUGUCAGGGGACACACCUUUCCCAGGCAGUCUCGGGGCUAUGACACUUCCCCUAUAACGAGGAGGAAAUCUUACGACCGCUCGUUCAGGCCCACUGACGGCUACACCCCCCCCUCCUCCCCUCCUCUGAGGACGAGGACCGAUCGCAACGUCUUUUCAAGGCUCACCAGCAACCAAACCCAAGGUUCUGCCCUGGACAAGGGUGUGAUCAACCCCAUCGGUGGUGUGAAGGGAGGUCGGACGGCGCCGCUGCAAUGUCUUUCUGUAGCCGAGGGCCAUUCCAAGCCCGUGCUGUGUGUGGAUGCUACAGAUGAGCUGCUGUUCACUGGAUCGAAAGAUCGCACAUGUAAGAUGUGGAACCUGGUCACAGGUCAGGAGAUCGCCACGCUCAAAGGUCACCCCAACAACGUGGUGUCGGUCAAAUACUGUCCCUCCUCCGGUUUGGUCUUCUCUGUCUCUACCUCCUUCAUCAAAGUGUGGGACAUUCGUGACUCUGCCAAGUGUGUCCGCACGCUCACUUCGUCUGGGCAGGUGGUUUCAGGUGAUGCAUGUGCUGGUACCACAACCCGCACAAUAACGUUCACCCAGGGGGAGUGCCAGAUCAACCAGAUAGCCCUGAACCCAUCGGGGUCUGUGCUUUACGCUGCUACGGGGAACAUUGUUCGCAUGUGGGACCUCAACAGGUUGCAAGCAAUGGGAAAGCUGUCAGGCCACAUUGGCUCUGUCAUGUGUCUGACAGUGGGACAGUCUCUGUUGGGAAAAGACCAAGUAAUCACUGGCUCCAAAGAUCAUUACGUCAAGGUGUUUGAUGUGACAGAGGGAACUCUGGGUAAUGUUGGCCCAGCUCAUAAUUUUGAGCCACCGCACUACGACGGCAUCGAGUGUCUGGCUGUACAGGGAGACGUGCUGUUCAGCGGGUCAAGAGAUAACGGCAUCAAGAAAUGGGAUCUGGAGCACCAGGAGCUCACUCAGCAAAUCCCUAACUCCCACAAAGACUGGGUGUGCGCCCUGGCGUACGUCCCGGGCCGGCCGAUGCUGCUGAGCGGCUGUCGGGGCGGCGUGCUCAAGGUGUGGAACGUGGACAACUUCACCCCCAUAGGAGAGGUCAGGGGUCACGAAAGCCCCAUCAAUGCCAUAUGUACCAACUCGAGACAAAUCUUCACUGCAUCCAGUGACAAGACAGUGAAGAUCUGGUUUCCAAAGUUGGGGAGGAAGAGUUGACGACUGAAAGAACUGAAAUGAUGGUUUCCAUUGUCAACAACCACCUCAAGUAAUGAGAUGCGACACUGAAAUCACAGUUUCCAAGGCAAUCUAGGUGUUUUUUUUCAUUUUCAAAAUGAUAGAGCCGAUGUGGAAUGUUUUUCCGAAGGCAAAAGACUCUUUGCCUCUCCGGUUUUUGUUUUUUCUGCCAAUUUGAAAGUGCCAUUCAGGGGUGAUGCUAUUUGGACCAGACAGACCACGUCUUCCUCGACAUGGAUACACUAGGCAGAACGAUAUUUCUCCUCGCAUCAAAUCUGUCUCGGGUGGAAAGGAAGAGAUAAAAGUGUCCUUCUGUUCUUUCACUAAGUUUCCAGAAACCUUGCCGAGCAGCUAGAGAUGAACGUGUGGGUUCAUGUACCGUCUGAACGUGGAGAUAUGGUCCGGAUUUAUUUCUCCGAGCGACGCUACCUUAGAAAUGGAGCUUCUAGUUUCCAUAAAAGACUAUUUGUGCUCAUUAGUGUUGUGGUUGUUCUGACACUGAACCCACUAGACACUCAGACCCUGUGUGUUUGUUGCAGUGGAUAGUUUGAAUAUCACUGGAGAAUUUCCCUGUAAAUCACUGGAACCUAACUGAAUUCAGCAAGUCCUGUUUUUUUUAAUGUAUUGUAUUUUAUUAAUUUAUUAUUUUCCCUACCUCAGUUGCUCUGGACUUCGGUGUGAGGUGGAAAGGAAACUUUUUAAGGGUCUCCGUGCUCACAACACCUGGUGCUUGACCUCUUAAAGUCUUCAUAAAAUGCCCAGCUCUACGUCUCUGUGUGGAUGUGGCCUCUUUGGCCUUCUGGCUAUCAGACUGUCUAGCUGCUGACCUCGCAAGCAGCAAAGCAAACGUCCAGUAGCACAACUUAAUGUAGCACUGGCCCCCGGAGAAUCUGACCAGGCUGUAUUGUCUGCUCUCUGAAGUGCUAACUGGCCAAAAAAAGAAAUAGGAAACUGUGCACAUGGCACAAAUAGUGCACACCUGCAGUACACAUCCCUCAGACAUUUGUGCGUUAGGUACUCCAUGGUGGCCUACGUGCCAGAUCAUAAUCUCAACCAUCCUACAGUGGCACCUACCUUCCAUUUGUCCUUCAGGUAAACGCUUGCUCUCAGCUCCUCUAUUAUCUUUAAAGUUAGUGACACUGAUGGACUGAUCAGCCUAACCCAGCAGUCCACCUCCUACCCAGCUACUGAACUUCUCUGGGAAAAAACAAUUAAUUAGCGGUCUCGCAUCUUUACCGGCUGCUUUUCAGGCAAGAUUACUUGGGUGAAAGUAGGUCAUAUAACUGAGAGGGAUUUCUAUUUUAAAACCCACUUUUCUCCCACCCACUCUUUGCUGCUACAUUUCAAGACGGGAAGAAGCUUCCUCGACAAAUCUGUUAAUGUGGCAGAGCGCAUGUGUGGGCAACCGCGCAUGUGCACAAACUGAAGACAAACACAAAAACACAAGAUUCCACUGGAGGGUUUGGUGAUAUAUCUCUCCUGAUAGGUGUUGACACCCCUCACUGGGGUGAUUUAGUGUCUUUUUAAUGAAGCAAGUUCAGCACUGCAGCAGUCACCUGCUGUGCACGUGCACACAUAUACUCACCUUCAUGCAACAGGAACAAAACAUCACUUCAAUUAUCUUUUUGCUGUCUGACGCCUGAAGCAUUCACAUUUCUUUAGGUUUAUGAACUUCAAUUAUUCCAAAAUGACAAACAAACAGAUGUACAAAACACUGUAAAAAAAAACAAAAAAAACAUCCAUGUCCAUAUCACAGUAAUCCCUUUUAUUUAACUCUAAAAUCCCCCCCCCCCCUAUUCUGUAGAAAAAAAAUUAUGUUGGUGAUUUAAGACCCAGAAACAUAUGUAGUCAAGCUGAAAAUCAACUUGGAUCAUAAAGCAGUGAGUACACACUGCUGAUGUUUGACGGAUCCCAUGUGAGUUUCAAGAUACUGACACUCUCUAAAAGCAAUGAUGUGGGUUUUUAUUUUAUAUUGGGGUGGGGGUGGGGGGCUAUGGAUGCAAACGUGUGGAUGGGUGGCGAUUUGUUGAAGCAUUUUUGUUUUAAUAUUUUGCUACACUCAGAAUCUCAGGUAAUGGUUGAAGGAUGAUUUUAUUGAUUUGCACAUCGUGACUCGACCCUGUGAAUUGAGGUAGCUCUUGGAAUCGACCAAAUGCCUUGUUUGAGACUUUUUCUUUUACCAUGAGAAAAAGAGGUACUAUCAGUGUAUCACCCCUUGUUUUGUAAAAUACUUAUUUUGAUGGUUUGCUGUUGCAUUUGACUCCCUUUACUUAUUAUAUAUGUACCGUACCUUUUGUACAAAAUGUAAACAUCUCAAAUGACUAUCUUCCCAAAUCUGGCCAAAGCUGAAAUACUUGCCACUCUGAGAGAUGUGCACUGAUUUCUGACCAUUGUUUGACAUAUGUUAUUAUUUUUGUGUAGUGGUUUGUCUGGAGUGAGUGGUACAAAAUGUGAUCAGUAGAGAAAUGAACCUGCAAAACAUAAGGGGUUGUUUACUUUAACCUUAAGUCAGACUCCACUGGGCCCUUCACUGUACACUAUGGAUUUAUCUGUGCCAAUUCUCCAAACUGACGAGGUCAUGCUAGGUUUCAUGUGAUAACAAAUCUAAAACAGCCUUAAUCUCUUUAUUUCACCCGAACAGACUCCAAUUAAUUGCUUGUGAAGAUCUUGUACUGUAGCUUUAGGCUCUCUCUCUCUCUCUCUCUCUCUCUCUCUCUCUCUCUCUCUCUCUCUCUCUCUCUCUCUCUCUCUCUCACGUGUUCCCCUGUGCCUGUAUAUUUGCUGUAGGAUGCAUGACAUUAGAGGCUCUCCUCAGUUGCUUGGACAUCUCAAAACUCAAAGGAGUUCAGUGGGCGAUACCUUCCUCCUUAUAUUGUCGUGAUGUAGAGCACCGAAGGGGGAAUUAACUUUGAAUUUCUGAAUAAUUUGUUUGUAUUCUAACUGUGAUUGACGAUCUAUUAUUAUGUAUAAUAUAUAGUGUUUCACAAAAGAUGCUCCAGGGUCAAAUGACUCUCACUUUAAAUGUGAAACUCGGGUGAACGCACUAAUUGGGCAAGACAGGGAGGUGAGAGAGCGCCUCGGUGUUCAGUGAAUUAAUGACGAUGAGCGUGAUGCAUCCGGGGAAAAACUGAGAUACAAGCGCAUCUACUGGCAGUGGGGGAGGAGUCGAUUGCCCUUUUUAGCAGGUUUACCCAUGUUUAAAAAAAGCUAUGCAUACCUGCUUAAUGCGGUGUAAAAUAUGUAUUAUUAUAGCCAAACAGAAGCCCUGUCCUAUCAGCUCCCCCCAAAGUUCCCCGGAGCUGUGAGACCUGGAUUUCAGGCGAUGUCAGCCCCACUUCAUGACUUAAUUAAGUGUAAAUAUGUGUCAAAACCGUUUCUUUUAUUACAGAGCUGCUGCAGUUGAGGUUAACUCACUUCUGCCUCAUCAGUUGGCCUCAGUGUAACCUUUUGAAGUUAGGAUUUACAUGCACUUUGAAAUAUGAAAAUUGCUGUGAAUACUGAACAAGAUAUGUAUUGAGCCUAGUUCUAGACUUAGUUUACAAAGACUGAAUUGAUAAGUCCCAAACAAGGCUCCAACCACUGACAUUGUAUUGAGAGAACACACAUGCUUAGAUCUACUGUAGCUUUAGUAUUGAGUGAUAAUAAUGUUUGUGCUGAUGCAACAUGUAAGAUAACGGUUAAGACGUAGACCCUCCCCAGUGUGUCCCUUUUUUAAGAGAAGAUGUUAUGCAAGUUAAGAACUUUCAGUUUGACUGAGCAGCAUGCAAACCUCUGUGGAUGCUCAGGAGACUCUGACGCUACGGUGCACAACUGAAGUUAUGUCCCUAACACCUGCUAACAUCUAACGGCAGUUAGUAACUUGAAUUGUGCAGAAACGUACAAGGUAUAUUUAUCAUCUUGUGCUAUUUUCUAAAAACUAUCUGUAAUGUCUGUCUGCUGGCUUUCAGACAUUUUACUUGAUAUCAAUCACCACAAACUGGUCAUAUUCAUCUAUAUAUAACUGGAAACACUGGAUAGUGAAAUCCAAUCUGUUUCUUCUGCAGCAGUCGACUACAGGGAUAAAUCCUAUGUGAUUAAAUAUCCUUUCAGGAAAGGAUUGAACACAUAGUGAGUGAAAUUUGAUCAAUAGCCCUCCAAUCCCAAAUGGAUUCACCUGCUGUAGUCAAGCAUCUUCGGUCAAGUUUCAGUCAAGAAAAUCUAUUGUAAAUUCACGUUACAAAUAUGAGCAACCGGUUUAAAUAAGGAAGCUAUUUGACCAAAGCCUAAAAUCACAGAGAGCUGUUUGCCUGGUCUUUUAAAGUGAUUGAAAUGUUUAAUUUUGGUGCCCCCUAGAGAUAGAUUAAAAAAGACCCAUUUAGAAACUGUGUAAAGCUGCGGAUCUCAACUGGGCACAAAAAAUUAACCGACUACUAUUAUAAACCCCGACCCCCUGACUUGCUGUUGCUGUGUGUGUCAUCUAUUUAUGUUUUUGGACAGCACACACAGUUUAAUAAUAAUACUAAUAAUAUAUAGCACCUUUAAAAACAAAGUGCAUAAAAGGUGCUUUGCAAAGAAGACAUAUAAAAACAAGAAUAUAAAACAUAAAAGUCGAAAAGGCCAAGUAAAACAUUCAAACGUAAUGCUUAAGAAAAGGAUGAAAGAAACACAGCCAUAACAAGCACAUGAGUUCAGUGCACAGUGGCUUUAAUCAGUCUGUCUCCUCGUCAAUAUUGAUCCACAGAGCAGAGUCAAGCUGUCAGUCAGACUGACUGUUAUUCAACACCUCUACCACUUCCCCAACCGGCCCAACCAUUGUACGGCUACUAGGAAAUAAAAGCUUCAGCAGUCAGCGUCUCAGCUUCAGCCUCGUGCCUCAGCCAACAGGCUUCACUGCCUUAAAGAAACAGAAUGUGCGUGUGUGUGUAGGACAUUGAUAAUCGUUCACUUAAUAUCCUGAAUCUGUGCGUGUUCAGAGGAUUGUAGAUUGUCCUGCAGAUUGUGGAAUUCUGUUCUAAGUGGGAUGAUCGCUCCUCUCACUUUUUCAUUGUGGCUGAAAAGACUUUCAACAUUGCCUCCGGCUGCCGAGUGGAUGGGAUCGCAUUUAGGCACAAUGGAGAGGGCUGCUGAUCAACAGGGCACGUCGCUGCUCUGCAGAUCGUCUGUGAAUCUCCAUCACACAGCAACACACGUCUUCUCUGCAGCUGCUCAAGUACUUUUUUCCUACAGGUGUGUGUGUCUGUGUGGUAAUACGAUAUGUGACACUGUCUGCUGUACUCAUGGGACAUAAAUGCAGGGUCAAAGGUCAUGUGUGCCUUUUAUUGCACAGACUCCUCCCUCUUAAGAGUGUAAAUGUGUCUACAGUUUUUUUUAUGUAUAUGACAAUGUGCAUGCAGCCAAGCCAUGUAAAAUAUGUUUUACCUGUAAAUAAUGUACAUACAUAUUUAAUGAAGGAUAGGACAUUCCUUCAAGAAAAUAAAUGCUGUAAGUUGAAAACGA